AUGGAAGAAGGGGAGAUCGACUCUGAAGAUGAAACCCGUUCACACCUGUCUAGUCAAGCAUCUCGGGUCGAUACAUCUGGAUCAACUUAUUCGCCUGCCUUCGAGUGGCCUACAGAUGAUGAAGAUGCCCCGAGUCCCUCAUAUUCUGUACUAGGAGAUGAGUCACGUCCAACAUCGAACUCUCCUCAUCCAUUAGCAUCACUUCGCCUCGUUGUACGUCACAGUUCUAUUCUGCGCAAGCACCACAAACUUGCCCUCCUCGACGGCUUCUCAGAGAUUCAAAUCGGACGGGACCUUGCCCCUUCCGAGUCGGAUACUCCGCGGGUCCGGUUAAAGGAGAUGGAGGUCUCAAAAUUGCACGCCACCAUAUACCGGGACCACGAGCAAGUCGCCUGGGCCAUCGUCGACAUGGGGUCGAAACAUGGUACCUUCCUCGAAUCUACCACGGUCUCAACGUCCGGUCCCAGCACGGCUCUUCAAGAACCCACACAGAAGGGGGUCCGGCUUUCCGCUCCGAGGGUCGCGAGCAUGCCACGAUCGCUGCGCCACCUCGACCAGUUGUCGAUUGGGGGCACCACAUUUGAGGUUCACGUCCAUGAGGGCGAGCCUCCAUGCGAAGCCUGCUCUCCUCAAGGCGACGUGGAGAUCCCACUCUUUCAGCACCGCAGCGGAGAUGGCACAGCCAGCAAGAAGCGCAAGCUCGACGUCACCGAGGAGAUGCGGGUGGUGGCCCCUCGCGGCCGCGACCCCAAAAAGGCCAUGGCCCUGCUGAAGCGCAGCCUCCUGUCGAGCGCUGCCGCGAGCUCGUCGUCGUCGUCCCCCGCCCGCCAUGGCCAGCCGUACGUCGACCGGAGCGCUAAACGACGCGCUCUUCACCCCGAUCAUACCCCUGCGAUCAUCCCAACCGCUUCGGCUUCCGGAACUUCCUCACCAUCCGCGUCAGCCUCUGUGCCGGCCACGCCCCCUCUCCAAUCACCCCCACCGUCCUCGUUACCGGCGGACAACAUCGGCCUCCGCCUACUCAUGAAGCAAGGAUGGCAACCCGGAUCGGCGUUGGGCUUGGGCGAGAGGGACAGUAGUCCAGGGCUCGUCGAGCCGCUUGCCCCGCCACCCACGUCGGGGCGGGCGGGGAUAGGCACCCCGGUCCGGCCUCCGGGGUCGAUUGCCGCUGCCCAGGAUGGGGACUGGAAAGACGACGGCAAACGGCGUCGGUGGGCGGAGUUCCGGCAGACGGAUGACGUCGCGUGA